AGAUGGGACAAUCCAGCCAAAGUACCCCACAUCCAAGUGGUGGAGCUGGGAUUUACAGGUGGCUAUAAGGCUUUAAAAACCAGUCCAGACCAAUAAGGAAAUAUGUCAGGGAUGGGUGUGAGGUCACUUGGGAGAACUUUGGGGUAAAAUAUUCAAAAGCAAAUGUCACCAGGGUGCUGCUGGGCUGUGCCUUGCAGGGGGACAACGUGGAUGUAGGAGAAAUGAGUAAUACCUGAUCAUGCUGGACAGAAAAGCACCCAGAAAACCUCUGGGCCUGUGGGGCUGUGUGCACCAAGAACGAAGCUGGAGGAAAUGACAAAGAAAGGAAGGAGAAAGCAGGGCCGGUUUCGGGAAGCCGGGCCCCCAGCCAAGCCCCAAGCCGCGUUUGAUCGGCAGCGUUGCAAACUCAGCGAGCGCCGUCAGCAGGGAGAGGGGUCGGGCAAAACCACCGGGACCCCGGGGCCUCCCGUGUCACUUCUGCUAUUUCCCAGCUCAAAUAGAGGGAUGCUGCGGGGGCCGGGGCUGCGGCCGGCAUGGCUGUGCGGGCGGCCCUGCUGCUGGGGGUGCUGCUGCUGUCCCAUCAUCCCGGGGACACAGCAAUCCUGGAAGCCAACGGCAACCUGAGCUGCCGCUGCCUCAAGAGCACCCGAGCCUUCAUCCCCCCGGAGAAGUACAGCAGCGUCGAGGUGUGGCCCGUGGGGAGCAGCUGCCGGCGCCUCGAGGUGGUGAUUAAGCUAAAGAGCCUGAAGAGAGUCUGCGUGGAUCCUGACACCCUUUGGGUGAAGAAACUCUUGCAGGACCUCUCUCACCUGAGGAAGAAAAAGGCUCCCCGCUGAGGAAGCUGCCACCAGAGGCACGGCCAGAUGUGCUGGGACCAAAACUGCCUCCCUUCCCCAUCCUGCUGUUGCCUUACCCCAGUCCAGACAGGAGCAUGCUGCUGCCUGAGCCCCUUUUUGUGCCUUUAAACGCUUGAAAAUGCCCAUCCCUGCUUCCAGCCUCUCCCAUCCCUUCCAGCCCCUCCCAUGCACUGUGUGUCCCUUUUGGGCACGACCCAGCAGGCCCAAUAAAGGUGGCAGCCCUCUGUCACUGUCCCUUGCUUCCCUUCAUAUGGCAUGCCAGGGGCUUGGAGUGGGAGGCAUGGGGAGCAGCAGCCUUUGGCCAAAAGCAC